CACAUCCGUUUGCUUCGAACGAAAAUGUUUGAUAAAAGUUGAUAAGAAUGAGCCCAACGCCGCAAGAUCAUUCGUGCGAGGACCUUUGAGUUUAUCGUACGAUACGUGACGCCGCUGCCGUCUGUUUACUCGCGGCAUUGAACUAUUGUCAGUGUAGUGUGAGCGUGCGGGGAUGGGAGCCCGGAAGGAAGUGCUGGAGGUGGUGUCGGGCUGGCAGGCGGUGGAGCUGGUGCUCAAGUGCCUGCUGCUGGGCGCGUGGCAGCUGGUGCAGAUGGCCGUCAAGCGCCUCUGGAAGGGCCAGCGCAGAAAGGCUCUCAAAAACUCGCACGUCGAGGUCACCGUCGACUCCUCCAUCGGGAGACACUGUUACAUCAAGAUUAUGGGUGUGAAGUACCACUAUAUAGAAACAGGUCCUCAGAGCGGUCACAAGGUGCUCGUCCUCCCCGACGCACCGGAGACGGCGGACCUGUGGAGCCCCGGCUGGUGCGCGGCGGUGCAGCAGCUGGCGGACACGGGGCACCACGUGGUGACGCUGGAGCUGCGCGGGACGGGCGCCAGCGAGGGCGGCGGCCGCGCCGCGCUGGCGCCGCCGCGCGCCGUGGACGAGCUGGCCGCGCUGCUGUCCGCGCUGGGAGUGUCCCCGCACAACCCCGCCACUGUCAUAGGGUUUGGGAUUGGAGGAAUGCUUACAUGGUACCUGGCGCACUGCCACGGCGCGCUGGUGCGCCGCCUGGCCGUCCUCGGCGCGCCGCACCCCAGCCUCUACUGGCAGUACCCGCCCGCGCCCUUCUGCGACGGCCUCCAGCACUUCAUACAGUGGCCCGUGUUGCCGGAGCGGUGGCUGGCGGAGGCGGGAGGGCCGGCGUGCUCGCGCGCGCGGGACUGGGCGGGCGCGCUGCACUACGUGCGCGGCGCGGCGUGGUGGCGCGUGCGCGCCGGCGCGCUGGUGCGGGCGCCGGCGCUGCUGGUGGCGGGGGAGGGGGGGGCGCCCGAGCUCGUGUGCUCCGCGCAGCACUGCGCCGCGCCCACGCUGCGCCUGCUCUCCGGCCCCGGCCGCCGCGUCCGCCCCGACGACCCGCAGCUGCCGAGGGUGCUCGCCGACUUCCUCCGACCGGUGGAGAGCUGUCCGGAGAAGGAGCCGGCGCGCGCGGGGCUGGUGGGCCGCAUGCUGAGCCGCGGCCGCGAGCUCACGGCGCGCCUCGCGCUGCCCGCGCACGCGCAGGCCUGACCGCAGCCGAGUGCCGGCGACCGCACCCGCACCGCCGGACCUCGAACGUCUACCGGUGGAUGUGACCGUCCAAACUAAAACUAUUCACUAAUAGUUUUAUGAUUUUGGUAACUUUUCUCUUUCACCGGUUGGAAAAAUCACCAAAGCUUAAACUUAAACAUUAAGUCGUUCCGAGUUUUUUCUAGUCCCUAAUAUUGAAAUGUCUAUUAGGGUAUAGUACCUGUAGCCAUAGGCAACAAUGAGUGAAAUUAACUUUUAGGUACCUUUGUAAGUUGGUGAAUGUUGAUGUGAUAUGUUGCAAGAAAUGUAGAACAUGAGAACGGCAGCUUCAUAUUUUUAAAUAUUAGUGAAAUAUUUAUGCAAUAAGAAAUGUAUCCCGGCUUUAUUAUUUAAUGGUUAUGCUAAUAGCAAAUUGUCAAAUGUCUACUACCUACAUUGCCAAAGAUCUUCCACGAGGGAAGGGUACCAGUGCUCGACGCGCUCGUGCCCAACGACACUCGAGUUCUGGUACGUUUACCUGACCAAUCAUUAUCAAUAAUUUAUUUUUUUACUGAAUUAAAUAAAACACAUAAACUCCUG